AUGAUACGCUCAUUUAAUGUACUCCUCCUCUCAAUCCUACCUCUUAUUGACUUUUCAUAUUCCUUGUCUGUGGGUGCCACAACGUCUGACAAUAACAACAACUGCACCGCCAUAUUCACAAAUAACCGCACUCAGCUGGACGAAUGCGGCACACUGGGAUGGAUCAGUGAACCUAAUGGAAGAGGAACAGCAGAUAUAAUAUGGAGCUGUUGCUUUACCAUGUUUCUCUGUUCAUGGUCAAGCUUAUGUCUCAAUGUACCAGGACCAGAAGACACGACAUGGAAAAUCUUCAGGCGGAGAGCCUACCUCACUGCCUUGGCCCUCUUAGGACCAGAAUUUAUCUUCCAAAUAGCACUAUCCCAAUGGGAGUCUGCGCGCCAGUCGGUUGCAGACUUUGAGGCCGCGGGGAUCGAUUGGUGGACAAUAACCCACGCAUUCUAUGCCGACAUGGGUGGAUUUGUCUUGAAGUGCAAAGACUCGGUGGCAUUUCCAAUCAAUGCAAAGCAACUACAUUACUUGAUCGUGAAAGGAUACGUGAAGAUUCCAAGAGUCGAUGAACAGGUAAUUGCCGACAAGAACAAAGUCGACGGAAUGCUGAGACUCAUCACGGUCUGUCAAUGUCUCUGGUUCAUUUUCAGUAUGUGUGGGCGUGCAUCCCUACGCCUGGCCAUCACCACGGGUGAGCUCACAACGGCGGCAUUCAUUGUCUGCAGCGUUGCGACCACAUUUUGUUGGUACAAUAAGCCCGCCGACGUUCGAACUCCUGAAUUCAUUGCGACCGAUACAACCCUUGAGCAGAUCCUGGCAGAUGCAGGAGAUGUAGCAAAGGGACCAUGUCGCUAUACUCCCCUGGACUUUGUGACUCGAAAGGAGUGGCCGUGGUCUUUGUAUUGGUCUAACUGGACUAAUAUACUGCGCAAGCUGCAUAUUGUUAUCUAUGAAAAACGUCGACCGGUUGAUCGCUUUCAAAACACACUAAUCUACGAGCCUUCCAUGCUUGGCUAUGGGAUAUUCCUACUCUUGACUGUCAUUUAUGCGUCUAUCUUUAUAUGUGGUUGGAAUUAUAAAUUCCCGACCGUUACUGAGCAAAACCUAUGGAGAAUCUCAUCCACCGCUGUUUUAAUUUCCGCCUUUCUUUUCUGGGCGGUUGGACAUUUUGCCUUCUCCGUAUAUCCCACUCAUAUCAAGCCGUUCCUGGAAGCCCGAAAGUGCGAAAGGGUUAUGGAUGAAGAAGCAUCGCCAAAUCCGACGUGGAUCCGUUUCAAGCGACGAGCGAGGCGCGUGGGCGAUAGGAUCAAAAACAAUUCGAUCGAUCGGGACCCAGAUCUUACCGUUCCAUUGAAGGCGAUAUUGCCUAUGUACAUUAUUGGCGUGGUAUAUUGCCAUGCCCGUGCGUACAUCUUUCUCGAGGAUAUCCUCCAACUUCGAUCGCUCCCAGCGAGUGCGUAUAGCACCGUUGAUUGGAUAGACUUUUGGCCUCAUGUGUGA